UUAGGGGAAUACCCAACAGAGAAAAAUUGAACGUGGAGCGCUGCACUAAUGCUUUUUAGAUUUUUAACUGUCUAUAUCGCGUAACAGACCGCGUGUUUUCUCUAAAAUGCUUAAUCAUAAACAGAUUACUAUCAUUGGUGGAAUUGCCGUCGCUUGCGUGGCUGCAGGGACAACGAUAUUGUGUUAUUCCUACAAGAAAAACCAAACGAGAAAAAGUGUCAUUAAUCUAAGUGAUUUAUGGCCUUACAAUAUAUCAAGCAAAGAUCAAGAUGGUACAACAUUUUUAUUAUCUUGCCCAGAAGACCUUGAAACAGUUUUAGAUCGUUUUGUGCAGGAAUUACAAUAUGCCAAAGUGAUUGGUUUUGAUUGUGAAUGGACAUCUAAAUCAGGAAAACCUCAACCAGUUGCAUUGCUUCAACUUGCUACUGUAUCUGGUGUUUGCUUAUUAAUAAGAUUGUCUCACUACCGCGGUCCAUUACCUGUUCGUCUGCAAAGCAUUCUAAGUGAUGCAAGUUAUAUUAAGGUUGGGGUUGGUCCAAUGGAAGAUGCAAAUAAGUUGUUGCAUGAUUAUGGAAUAGUUGUGUCUGGUUGUGUUGAUUUACGAAGCUUGGCUGUGAGGACCAAAGAAACUAAAAACUCUCUGGGAUUGAAAGGUCUUGCGCAAUCAUAUUUAGGGGUGACCAUGAACAAGCAAAAACAUAUUCAGUGUAGCGCAUGGGAUGCUCCAAGUUUAUCACAAGAACAGAUUGAUUAUGCUGCGAAUGAUGCUCUUAUUGCUGCAAAGGUGUUUUCUGUCAUAGCACGUUCUAAACUUGAAAGCAACGUUCACGUGGCAUCUGCAUUAAAUAAUGCCGUGAACAACACAUUGUGGUCAAUUGUUUCCAGUUAUUGCCAAGGAUUAGUGGAUUGCAAGUUCAAACAGAGGAACCAAUCUCAUAAACAGAAUAAUUCACAAAAUGUUGGCAACAAUUUUAACUUUAAACCGUUUAAGUUGUACUCAACAAGAAAACAACCACUUUAUGAUAACUGCAAGCUACAAGCUCCUGAUGGACAACUUUUAGCAACAUGUGAUAGAAAAAAAGCAAAUUGGUACAUUGAAAAAGAAUUAGCAGAUAUAGUCACAGAAACACCAUUUACAAUUCGGCUACGUUUUGAACCCGCUGGUCGACCAGCAUCAGAUAGAGAUUACUAUCUUUAUGACAAGCAGAAUGUUUGUGUAGUUUGUGGAUCUAAUGGUGCAAUUGUGAGGAAGAAUGUUGUACCUCAUGAAUACAGAAGACACUUUCCUUUGUUAUUAAAAGACCACGUGUCGCAUGAUAUUGUACCACUGUGUGUAGCUUGUCAUCAGAGAGCUGGAUAUUACGAUAACAUUCUUCGAAACCAAAUUGCUGAUGAAUAUAAAGCUCCUUUAGGCUCAGCACAAGCAGUUCAAAUGUUGGAAGAUCCCGAACGAAGAUCUGUGAGAUCUGCAGGCAAAGCACUGGAUAAUGCAAGAGAUAGAAUUCCAGAACCACGGAAAGGUGGGUUAGAAAAGGUCCUUAUGGACUACUAUCAAGUCACCAGCUUAUCCGAGGAACUUAUCAAAGAAGCAUCAAUACUUGAAACAAGGUAUCAUAACGAAGCAUAUAUUCCACAUGGAUUUAAGGUGAUUGAUACGAUUCAAAGUGAAAACAGCUUGCAUGGCUUGAUUGAUUUUGAGAAAAGAUGGAGAGAACACUUCCUUGCGACGAUGAAUCCACAACAUCUUCCUCAUCUUUGGUCUGUGGAGCAUAACCAUGAUCGGGUCAUUGAUGCGUCAGAUGUGGCCCCAGAAAAACAGCAAUAAUUUUUAUUUUAUUUUUACGAAUCAAAAUAAAUACAUGUGUAUUGUACUGUGUUUCUUGAUGUUUUUAUUCAUUUGGUGAUAAUGGUGUUUGGUGAAUUUGAAUUCUCAUUAAAAAACCUGGUGCUUAUGAUUAUACCAUUAUCAUUUUUUUGCAUUUGUGUUUUUUUUCACCUAACCAGAAGAUCAUUUUCCA